CAUGAAAAAUUCUUAGACUCGACACAACCAUCGAAGGAAGCGUCAGCAUGGACAAAAUGACUUGUGAAAACUUUUUCCUUUAUAAAGGUGCUGUAGUAUGGGCAAAGGUAUAUGGUUAUCCUUGGUGGCCUGCUUCUAUCACUACAGACCAACGUUCCGGAAAAUGGUUUCAUAAAGGCAAAUAUUGGGUUUAUUUCUUCAACGAUCCUCAAGGUGCUUGGUUAAAACCAAACUGUUUGAAAGAAUUCAAUGAGGCUAACAUAGCCGCAUUUACACCUAAAGAAAACCACAGACAUUAUAAACAAAUUGUAAAAGCAGUCGAAGAGGCCAAAGAAGUUCAUUCUAACACUCUGCCACCUGAAGAAGUUGCUGCUCUUGCACAAGGAGGUACUGAAGAAGAGAAAGUAGAUACGGCAGCAAACGCGACAACUGAAGAAGAAGACGCAAGUGAAGAGGAAAGAGAGAUGUCAGACACUUCUCAAGAGAGAACAGGUGAAGUUUACAAAGGUGACUCACAACGCUCUAGUAGGAGUCAUAGUAGAAAAAGAAAAUCGGACCAUGAAGAGAGUUUACAAGGUUCCAAAAGGCAACUAGGUAACAUUCAUAGCAACUCACAGAGAAGCGCGAAAAGUAUUCGUAAGGGUUUUCGAUAUAGAGACCUUGUUUUCCAGAUGCCCAUCGAUCGUCCUUAUCACGAACUGGAUCACUCCUAUUUAGAAAACCCUCAAUCGUUGAAUACUUCUGCGGAAGAGUUACAAACCCAAGUUGAACAGCUACAUAGGCUAAGUGAUGCAUUUUGUUCGAAAUCAAACGAAAUGAAGUCAAUACAAGAAUCUCUGAUGAAGUUAAGUGACCAGAUCAACGAAAAAAUUAGGCAGUUUGAAAAGCAUUGUGAUGAAGUGUAUUCAAUAGAAGGUCAGGUUUUGCAAUCUUUGAAAGUCUUGUUUCAAUCAAGAGUAACAAUCGCUAUGUUGAAAAAUUCUCGUGCAGGGAAACCAGUUGUUGAGCUUGAGAAGUCAUGUGGUCCAAAUAGCCAAGCAAUCCGUGCUAUGGCAAAGCAGUUGGUUCGUCAGUGGAAGAAAAUGGUUAUGGAAUCAACACCUUCCAAAAAGGAUCAAGAAACAGCCGAAACAAGGACGAUGAACAGUGCAGAAGGAAAUGGAAAAGAAAAUUCGUAUAGUAGGGAGGAGAAUAGUGCGGAAGAUUUCACAUCUUAUCAGACAGAACCCAUUCAACACUCAGAAGAGAAAACGUCUUCAAAGGAGAAUGGAACGGAAGAAGCCAUUAGUUAUUAUUCCGCUCAAAACAAUUUCAGUUUCACAGAGUGUCCCGCAAAGGAAACAGAAGAGAUGAACACAGCACAAUUCUCUCCACAAUGAUGAAGACAACUUGAAUGGUUUUAUCGAUUGAGUCAUUUUGAUGUUGUUGUCUUUCCCAAAUGACAGGAAACUCUGUCAUCAUAUUAAGCAAGGUAUUCAAUGUGGAGAUAUGGAGAGAAUUACUAGUCUCUAUCACAAAGUCAUACGUAUGGUUCCUUGAAAUAUUGUUCAAUUGUGGGUUCUGGAAUAAAUAUGAAAACCAACUUUGAUAUGCUUAUAUUACAACGAAUUCCUUUGAAAUGUCUUCUAUUGUGUAAAAACCGAAGACUUUCAAUGAGUUUUUACAAUGAAUCUUUUGUUCUGUUAUUGAAAGGCCUAAAUGAUUGAUAAAAUAAUAUUUUCUAAUAGUAACCUACUCAUUUCUUUCUAAAAAGCAAUCAAAAAGAAAAGUUGGUGUUGGAAUUGUGAAGGCCAUUUCACUAGAACUUUCAUAAAGGAUUGAAUAUGGCCUUUAUGAAAGCCAAUUUUAUAGACUUUUAUUAUCCUAAAAACAAAUAAACGACUGCAAGUAUUA